CCGUUCCAAAGUAACCACCGAAACAAAACGCUUCCAAACCAAAAUACCAAAAUGAAGUGCAUGGUAGCUGCAGUCAUCUUGGCCCUCGCCGUCGUUUCGGAAGCCGGAAUCCUGCCCUACGCCGGUUGGCCGUACGGCCAUCUAGCGGCCCCGACCGUCAUCCAGUCGAACGUGUUGGCCCAUCCGUACGGUGCGAUCUCGCAUGCUGCCAUCCACGCUGCCUAUGCUCCGCAUGCCGCCAUCUUGGCAGCUCCACAUGCCGCCAUCUAUGCCGCACCGCACGCACCCAUCCUGGCCGCUCACCAUGGUCCGGCUGCUUCGGUCGCCCACCAUGCCGGUGUCGUUCCUGGAGCCACCUCCGUCACCGCUACCCGAGGUGCUGUGCAUGUCGCCCCUCUGCCCGGACAUGCCGUCUCCCAGCAACAGCUGAACCUGGCCCCGGCACCGGGAACGAUCUAAGAUGCUCUAGUCCGCGCAACGCCUUUUACGGGGUGUUUCUCUCACAUCAUCUGUCGUCUAUCGCUGUUUUGUCGAAAUUACGCUAUCCCCAUUUAGAAUGGUAGAGUUAUUUCGUUUGAUCGCACGCCUCAUAUUCGGACUCGGAACGUGUUGUGAAUAAAAGGAGCAGACCAAAAUUGGUUUCAUAUUUCUCAUA